AUGUCUGCAUCUCCAGACAGCACGCACACAGCUCUUUUCGGCGAGGAAUCUACUUUCUCUGGAGAGCCACAUCCUGCAGGUAUCAUAGACAAAUUUAAAACAGUCGUAGCCUGGCAUGCUCGUAGGACACAUGAUGCUUUACACCCAGCAAAGCGAAGAAAGGUAUCUUCACCGACCUGUGACACAUGCAAGCAAGCACUCUCCCGACCGUUCGUCUGUCUGCACUGCUCAUUUGCAGGAUGCUGGUCAGAAGGUCACAUCACUAACCACCUGAAAGAGGCGGGACAUACGUUUUGCACUGAUGCAAAAUCCGGAUCAGUCUUCUGUUCAGAGUGCGACGACUUUGUCUUUGAUGACACCAUCGACGAAUUGCAUCUCUCCACCGUUGUAUCGGUCGAGGAGCAAAGAACGAAAUUUCAAGGCCGAGAGCCAUAUCAACCGUGGAUUCCGACAAGCGACGAGUCCACUGCCCUGAAGUAUAUCGCCACAGUCCCCUGUCAAGGUCGCCGUGGGCUGCUCAAUCUAGGGCAGACAUGCUUUUUGAACGUCAUUCUCCAGUCAUUCAUCCACAACCCGUUAUUACGGAAUUAUUUCCUCAGUGAUAGGCACAAUAGCAGGCUGUGCAAACACUCAGACUGCACCUGUUGCGAAAUGGAUAACCUGUUCACGGAGAUAUAUUCCCCUACCAAUACCCCAUUUGGACCCACCUCUUUCCUCGCCACAACAUGGAAAGUUUCUGCCGAGAUGUCAGGCUAUGCCCAGCAAGACGCACACGAGUUUUUCAUCACCGCACUCAACCAAAUUCACGGGACAUGCCGUGGAUCGACAAAUAUUUCGUGUAACUGCAUCAUUCAUCAGACUUUCGCCGGCCAGUUCCAAAGCGAUGUUACGUGUGAGAAAUGCGGAACCGUGACGAGCACCAUCGAUCCGAUGCUUGAUAUCAGCCUCGAGUUGAGGUCAAAGUCUGGGGAAGCGGCUGCUGACAACACGCUUGCGAGCUGUUUACGCAGAUAUACCAAACCGGAGAAAUUGGGAGCAAGAGAGUACAGUUGUAGCAAAUGCACGAAAGCCUCUCACGAGGCCGUGAAGCGUCUCAGCAUUCGGACAUUACCACCGGUUCUCAGUUUUCAAUUCAAGCGAUUCGAGCAUAAAACGUCUGGGAAAGCUGCACCGCAAAAGAUCGACGCUCCAAUUCGAAUUCCAGUCUCUAUUAAUAUGGCGCCUUAUACGACUCUUGCUAUGAAUACAACCGGAAAGGACGGUGAAACAGGCUACCCAGGGCCUGACGCAAUGUAUGAGUAUGAUCUAUUUGCAGUUAUUAACCAUGAAGGGCAAAUGGAUAACGGGCACUACACGAAUUUUGCUCGUUUUCAAGACGAGUGGUACCGUUUUGACGAUGAAAAAGUGGCUCCGUCGACGCUCAGUGACUGCCUAGCCUCAAAUGCUUAUAUGUGCUUCUACGUCAAGCGCCAUCUUGACUACAAACCUCAUUUGAAACCAACGUAUCGGCUUGCACGUGAAAACGACAUUGUCCGGGAGCAAGCGAUGGAGCGAGAGAAAGAGGCAGCACGUAUGAAAGAAGUGGACGAUGCCCUGAUGGCGAUGGUCGGUGGAGACUGAAAUGGCCCCUAAAAUGCGAAGAGGACACAGAACGAUUGUAUUUAUAGGAAUCUAGUGGUCGUUAUUAACACAAGGAAAAGAAGUUUAGUACGAGGUGAGAGUAAGGGGAGUGUAGUAAUGGAACAACAUGGGGAAAGGAAAACAAGUUCGUGAUAUGCAAGAUACAAAGAAAUGGGAGUACCCGAUAUUUCCAGAGUGAGGUCGUCGCGGAUUUGAGGGGGGGAGGAAAGGAAAGGAUGGUAAUCAAGGAAUGAUAUCAUAAAGUUCGCCAUCUCUGACCCGGAUCUCUACCACUUCUACUGAGUCGUAAUCAGUCAUCGAAGAUGUAUUUGACGUCCAGGAGCUAGAAAAGCCUUUCGAGUUUGGUGGU